CGAUGUGUGCGUAAUGAAACGUGGCUUGGUGUUGGUCUGUGCCUGGUGCACUCCUCGGUUCACUCUCACAAAAGCAGACAGACAGACGGCUAUACGAUUGUUUGACCAACCACCGAACCGAACCAGGCAAAAUACAUCUCCACCAUAUGGUGAUGCUGACAAAUGCAGUCACCCCACGAUUGACAGAUCGACAGACGAGUCUCCCUUAAUCACAGACAGACAGACAGACAGACCGACAGACGAACGAGUUGCAAUACCUAUAGCAGACGGACGACCAACCGACAAGGCCGACAACUACAAAACACCACCGACCCGCUAAUGCCACCCAUACAUAUCGAUGACCGACGAGAUGAGUGUCAUGUUUGCUAUCGCCGAAAGGCAGAUGAGUGGCCGGCCGGACAGAUAUGCAACCAACUGCCUGCCUGCCUGCCGCCACGCACCAUGCGAACUCCUCCCUGUCUCUCUCUCUAUGCCAUUUCGGUUGCUCACUUAUUGUCCCGACACGAGCAUUCUCUUGGGGUGGCCGGGGCCCGCCCACCAAUACGCCUCCCGCGAGAAAACAUUCUUGAUGAGGGGCCAGAACUUGUCGAUAGGAUAGGACGCGUAGGCCCCGUCGAAGGCCUUCUCGUCCCAGUCGGCACAGAAGUGGACGCAGGCGUCGUAGGCAGGAUGGCCCUUGAAUGCCUGAUUACAGACAGACAGACGGACGGAUACAUGGAUGGAGAUCGAUCUGGUGCGUCGUGUGAGCGAACAACUUAACUUACGUCUCUUAGGUUGGGGUCGCCGUCAAAGUGAUGGAUGUAGUGGUAGGCCUGCACAACCCAUGCCAUGCACCAACCAUCCAUCCAUCCAUACGUCAGCGUGACACAGCUGCCUGCCUCCCUGCCUGCGUGAUUGCCUGCCUGCACACCUGGAAUAUCUCAUGGUGGGCGAGGACCCAGUAAGUGUCCUCUGACACAAACGGCCGCAACACGGCAGCAGGGAUCUCACCUGAUCGAACACCAAAUGAAUCAAACAGACAAUCAGACAGACAGACAGUGCCUGUCUCUCCCUCCCUCCCUCCCUCCCUCCCUCCCCUCCGUCCGCUACCUACCGUGAUUCUUGGGGCAGAGCAGCUCGCCAACGUCAUGAAACAGGGACGCGACGACCAUCUCUUCGCUCGCGCCGUCCUUCAUGGCGCGCGUGGCGGUCUGCAAACCUGCAAAACAACAGGACAUCCACAUGGAUGUAUGUUAAAUGUAGGUGUGUGUGUCCGUCCGUUGGUUGGGUGCUGACCGUACCGUGGUCGUAGAGCGAGACCUGGGUGCCCAGCUUGGUGUCAUCUCCCCUCUGCGUCUCGAGCAGUGCCACCAGCCGCCUCCAGCUGUCCUUCUCGGCUGCAGCGUACAGCGCACCCACCUUCUGCAUCUCCGCCCGAGAGGCGCCAGACAGGUGAAUGAACUUGGGCUCCGGCACGGCAACGGAUGAGUGUGGACGGGCUGCUGGUAGGGAUAUCGACUGGGCCCUUCUGUAGACUGCUGCUGCCGCCUUCUGCGUGUUCAUCAUACCACAGACAGGAGGGCUGUGAGGCACUGCGAUGAGCGACGCGCAAAUUGGCGCCGCGUCUUUGAGAUGAACCUUCGGUGGAGAAUAAAUGAAAAGAGGGUUUUUG